CAAUUGUGUUUUACUAACAACAAAUUAAUUUUUAAGAAUUCCUAUAAAAAUAAUGGCAUACAUUCAAGGAAUGCAAGCUAGUUAUGCAGCUCCUCAUCAUGUUCCAAUUCAGGCACAUAUGGCACCAAUUCAGGCACAUAUGGCACCAAUACAAGCCAGGCCUGUUAUUCUUCAGCCACAUGCAACACAAAGAAAUAUGUAUGUAAGAUAUUUGGGCUACUUAGGUAUUCUGCAGGUCAUGAUUGGUGCUUUGACUUUAUUUUUUGGGAUUGGUGCAACCGCUGGUUUUAGUGGGCAGUUUUGGUUGACUCAAAGUGGGAGUGGCAUAUGGGGUGGAAUAUGGAUUAAAGUUACUGGUAUUGUUACUAUGUUGUUCUCCAGAUCUCCCAAUCAGUCAAUUUUAAAUGGUACAAGCUUGACAUUUUGCAUUAUAUCCACAAUGCUGGCAUUUCUCGAUGGGAUUUUCUUUGCUAUUGGAUUACGGUUUUAUUCCACAUGCAUGUUACACGAAUAUAGCCCGUACUCUUAUUACGGAUACUACGAAUACAACAGAGGUGAUCGUUGGAUAUAUCAUUCCAAACAUAACUGCUUUAAACAUAAAAAUGCUGGCAUGGCUGUUUACUCUUGUCUUCUUGGAUUAAUGAUUAUGGAAUUUGUUGUUGCUCUACUUGCCACUAUUUAUUGCUAUAGAUCUUGCAGAUGUUGUAAUCAGCCUAGUGGUCUUCCUCAAGUACAAUAUAGUGUCACAAGUUCUGGUGGUCAGGUUUUUCUGACUCCGUCUACAGGAUUGAUGUCUGUUCAGUAUUCAUUUGCACAUCAACCGAUAAUGACUUAUCCAAUGCAUAAUGGUGACUCACAAGUAACAUCUACUGCACCUUCCACACUUCCUGCAGAGCAGUUUCUCCUACAGCCACCUGAAUAUCAGAAGUCUGUGCCUCCACCUCCCUAUAGACUGUAGGCAUCUCUACAUUAUUGUUACUAGUUAUGCAAUUGUGAAAUAGAAAAAUAACUGUGAAGAAAAAGUAUAUGCUUGAAAUAAGUAUACCAACUUUUUUAAAUUAACCACUGGCCUGUAUUCAUUGACUGCCAACCUUGAGGUUUUUUAAAUACCAAGAUGAAAACCUUAACUUUCAAGUUGGCUGACUACAACAUAUGUAUUACGAGAAUAAGAUAGAACCGUAAGUAUGUUGAUUUUUUAUUAUUGAGUCCUUGUUGUAUAUAUUUUUAUGUUUUUAUGUGCAUAUUUGUAAAUUUGAACCUACUUUUUAGUCUUUUUACACUAACAAUUAUGAACUUAAGACAAUCAAAGCAUAAUGUUUUGGUCAUUGAAGUAGGACUGACCUUAAAUUUAAAAUAACAAAUUUACAGGUGAAAGUAACGAGGCGGAAGUUCAUUAGGUUGAGUGAAUGAAUAUCACUUAACACACAAACAACACGGAAAAGGCAAUUGAAACUAUAUUGCAUAUAGUUGAGAUUUUGGUUUCUACUUUUCGAUCUUCUAAAGUAUUAGUUUAUUGUCAAAGAUUAAUUGUUGUGUUGGUAUCAGAAUGAUUAAUAUCGAUUUUUUUUUCUGAGCAAAUUUCAUUACCAGAUGAAAUCAUUAGUUGUCUCUGCAACAAAAAGUUUGACUUGCAAUUUAAAUUUUCCUGCAGUCAUUGACUGUCUAAUAUAAAAUAUUUAUUUUAAAUUGAUGGUAAGGUUAUUGUCAGUAAAGAGGAAUCCCCUCAUUAAAUACAUAUACUACUAAUUUUAAUAGUAUAUUAGCUUUUUUAGAAUAAAAAAGUAAAAAUAAUUUAGGGUGUAAUUCAGAAAAACUAUUUGCAAUGCUUUGUAAAUAUAAUAAAAGUGCUUAAAUUUAUUUAUCCAAGUUAAAAACGUAAAAUUUGAUUUAAGUGCCUAGCUUACAUCUGCUAAUUUGAAUGCUGUUAAUUCGAAUAGCUAUUUCAUACAAUUUUUUUUUGUCUCUUGUUUUUUUAAAUCUUUUUUUUAUUUCUACUGAUCAAUUUGAGGAUUUGCUGAUUUAAGCAUAUUUUUUAUUGACCCCUUCUGUGUUUUCAGUAAUGAAUGUGUCCUGUAUAGAUACUGUACAUAUAGCUUAAUGCUUUUUUGUUUAAAAUAGAUUUUAAUUUCAUAGACAUUUAAUGUGGUAUUUAGCUACGAUACUCAAACAAACGAAACAAUAGAUUUGCAAACCAACAACUGCGACGAUUAAAGUGCAAAUAAAUAUGUACACCUGCAAUUUUUGCAUUGUUCUUGUCACAAAAUCAGAAUUACAUUUUACAUGGCUUAUUUCGAUGCAAUUUUUUGCACUGUAAACAACGUCUGACAGUAAAUACAUGUUAAAAGUAUGGUUACACACUCAUGCUGGCCAAAAAUUUCAUGUUAGGUCAAAAGCGUGUAUAAGGUCACACAUUUUAGAUAAUGUUCCUAUACAGGAAAGUGACAUCUAUAAUAAUUACGAUUUAUUGUGUUUUUAAAUUGGCACAUAGCCUAUAUUAUAAUACUCAAGUUUUGUCUGUGGGCCAAAUAUGGUAGCUGCCAGUAGUAGCAACAGACAAUUUCCUGUAGAUUUAUCUAUUAACACCUAGUCAUAUAUAUCAUUGGAACUGUAUGUUGUAUACUUAAAAUGUAUCAGUAGGUGGUAUACAUAACAACUCAAUACCAUUUAAUAAA